CUUGACAUACAACCUUUUGAUCGGAUUCACGGUUGGAAAGUCUUGUUGCAGCAAGCGCGUACGGCCUCAAAUCAAGCCACAUAGAAUACACGUGGACGCAAGAACGCUAUACAUACCAAUCCGUCUUUUGGAUACAAUCAACAUCUCCAAGUUUUCAGCAUUAUGGCGCAACCAGUGAUUCCUAGUCAUCUCUGGACCGAAGACACGCCCGCGCCAAAGGUCUCUGAUGUCGUCACACUGCUCGCACACUUCUUGGAUCAACUUGCCGAUUAUCCCAAGACAUUCAAGGCAAUUAUCAAAGAAGCCAAGACGAAUGGCAUCGAUCUUGACAUCGCGGAAUGGGAAAGAGGUAUUGAGACCGGCAGUGCCGUGAACUUCAUGGAUUUGUGGUCAGCCUGGUAUGAUGAGAAGUCCGCACACCCUACACUGCCAGCAUCGAGUGAAGAGGAGGAUUCGGACAGCGAGGAGGACUCAGACGAUUCCGACGAGUCUGAUGAGGAAAUGGAGGAGGACGAGGCUGUUGAAGCUGUCGUUGAUGUGGAAGCGGAGGAGUCCAGCGAUGAUGGCUCCGAAGCAGAUGUUCCUGAAGAAUCACUGAAGCGCAAGCGGGCGUCGGACGAGUCCUCGGACGAGUCUUCGGACGAUUCAUCUUCAGACGACGACAGCGACAGCUCGUCCGACGAGAGUGAAGCACCACCAACAAAGAAGAGCAAGACCGUAGAGAAAUCAGUAGCGGAGCCGAUCGAGGAAUCCAGCGACAGCGACAGCGAUAGCGAAAGCUCAGACAGCGACUCGUCUUCAGACGACAGCAGCGACGAUGAGGAUGAUGACAACAAAACAAAGCCUGCAACUGCUACUGAGCCUGAGACGAGCGCAACAUCGGACAGUUCAUCCUCAGAUGAGUCUCCGACACCGACGCAGCCAAAGAAAAAGGGCAAGAAGGCCGAACCAGUCAAGGCGCAAGAAACAGAAGACAGCGGUCGGUCACAAGCUUCCUCGGCCACUCUGGAGGCAGAGCCCGAAACCAGCCAUAUCCACCCUAGCCGACUAGCACAGGUACCCGCUCCUGACGUCUCUGCCUCCGGUCAAAAAGCCGCGGCGACCCCUGGCAGCGGCAAAAAGGGUUCCGUGGUUCCUUUCUCUCGCAUUCCUAAGGAUCAGUACGUGGACCCUCGCUUCGCUAGCAAUGAAUACCAAAGCUACGACUACGCAGACCGAGCGCAUCGCGAUCUUAUCGUCACCAAGGGAAAAGGCUUCACCAAGGAGAAAAACAAGAAGAAGCGUGGUAGUUACCGGGGUGGCGCGAUCGAUUUGACGCCCAAAGGCAUCAAGUUUGACGACUAAGCUUCUGUAAUUCCCAGCCGCCUCUCGUCAGCAAUUGUUUCGUUUCAGAGGUCUUGUUGAUGUAAACCAGAUUGUAUAGAUGAAUUUUAAGUUUUCUCCUGUUUUGCAAACUUUUUGACCAAAGAACAGUGGAUUGGAGUAUAUUUACAAGCCAUACAUCAUCAUCGG